CAGAACUAUACAGUAGUACACACAAGAGACUUACGAAUCACCAAAAAUGGCAUACAAGAUGUUCUCCACCGGUCUAGUGGUACUCGCUUUCAUUGGUAUGACUUUGUGUCAACAACAAUUAAAUCAAUUAACCACCGGUUUGCCGUUACAAUACCUGCCGUCUUCACUGUCACAAGAGUCAUUCCAAGGACCUUUGGUGGCUGUCCAACAGACACGCGCAAAAUAUGAGGACAUCGAAAAUCAAUCUGACAAACUAUCGGCUCCAAUCAUGUCAGUCCCUCCACAAUCACAGUCUUACCAAAAUGCUGAACAACAACAGAAUUUAGCUCAAUCAUAUCAGACACCUUUCGAAAACGCCGGAGUGCAGUACUCAAUCGUCUCACCAAACUCCUAUCACAGCAACCACGCUAGCCAGCGAUACUACGUGCCCGCCAACCAACAGUUAGCCGAACCUCAAUACAACACCAAGGAAUCGUAUUCGACCGCCUUACCAGCAGCCACCCCUGCUGCCAUCCCGGAACAGGUUCAACCAGAAUAUAAACAACAAUUCGUUGCCCCAGCUGAAAAUCAACGAGACAUCUCUGCCGCCAACGCUGCUUAUGCUCAUCACGAGUACAGACACCAGUUCGCCGCCCCAGCUGAAAAUCAACAAGACAUCUCUUCCGCCAGCGCUGCUUACGCUCAUCACGAGUACAGACAACAACAGUUCGCCUCCCUAGCACAAGCUCAAGCAGAAUAUAAACAACAAUUUGCUGCCCUGGAACAGGCUCAACUCGAGUACAAACAACAAUUCGCUGAACUUACCCAAGCUCAACAAGAACUUAAACAACAGUUAGUUGCACCAGCUCAAGCUCAACAACAAUUGAAAGAACAGUUCGCCGUGCUUGCACAAGCCCAACAAGAGUAUAAGCAACAGUUUUCCGCUCUUAACCAAGCUCAAAAAGAAUACAAAGAACAGUUCGCCGCUCUUAACGAGGCUCAACAAGAACUUAAACAACAGUUCGCCGCCCCAACUCAGGCUCAAAAAGAGUACAAACAACAGUUCGCCGACCUUGCACAGGCUCAACUGGAGUUCAAACAACAGUUCGCCGGACUUGUCCAGGCUCAACAAGAACUUAAACAGCAGUUGUUAGUCACACCAGUUGAAGUCCCACAAGAAUACAAACAGCGGUACAACUUCCCAGGUCAACAAGUGCAAAGACAACAGUACGCCGUAGCAGAUCAAGGCCGACAAAAUUACAGACAACGAUUUGUCGUACCAACACCCGCAUACCAAUACGUCCAAAAAUCAACCGCCGCCAAUGCCGCCAGUCCAGUCUCGUACGUCGCCCAAUACCCGGCCGCCCAAAUCAAAGCCCAAACAGCAACAGCUGUCAACCCGAAAGUCCAGUACGCCACCAUUCCACAACAGUACUACUACACCGUUCCCGUCAGACAAGUCGCCGUCACCGAACAGCCACGCGUCCAGCAGACAAGUGCCAACCAAUCGUCGUCCGGAGUGAUCGUAUCCACCACACCAACCCCGUCGGUCGUCUACAAGUCUGAAUCAACACCGACAAUGCAACCACAACAACAACAACAACAACUCAGAGUUGCACGCAACAACCGCAGGAACAUCGUCGCAUAAAAGUCGCAUGUGAC